CCGGCGGCCGAAUGUAGAACGGGAGUCGGGGGGGUGGGAUUUUUUAUCCCACCCCCUCUUCCCUUGACGUCACACUCGUAGCCCCGCCCACCAAGCGCGCCCCCCGACUGGGACCAACCUCCAGCCCGGUUGCAGGAUGAACCGGCCGAAGCCCGCGGCCGCGCGCCGCCCCAGCGCCGUCGCCAAACCCUCCGGCCACCCGCCGCCCGGUGAUUUCAUUGCCCUGGGCUCCAAAGGCCAAGCCGGGGAGUCGAAAGUGGCCGCCGCUCUGCUCAAACCGGCUUCGGCAGGGCUGCCCUCCGAGCGCAAGAGAGACGGCGCGGCCAGCUUGGCCGGACCUUCCGGGCUGACCGGCCUGGCCAAGCGGCCCAAGCUUUCCUCCACGCCCCCGCUCAGUGCCCUGGGACGCUUGGCCGAGGCCGCCGUGGCCGAGAAGCGGGCCAUUUCGCCCUCCAUCAAGGAGCCGUCUGUGAUCCCCAUCGAAGUGGCCCCCACCAUUCUACUGGACGAGAUCGAGGCCGCGGAAGCCGAGGGCAACGAUGACCGGAUCGAAGGGGUGUUGUGCGGGGCCGUGAAGCAGCUGAAGAUGAACCGGGCCAAACCGGACACCACCCUGUACCUGAGCCUGAUGUACCUGGCCAAGAUCAAGCCGAACAUCUUCGCCACAGAGGGAGUGAUUGAGGCCUUGUGCAGCCUCCUUCGCCGAGACGCCUCCAUCAACUUCAAGGCCAAGGGGAACAGCCUGGUCUCCGUCUUGGCCUGCAACCUCCUCAUGGCGGCCUACGAAGAGGACGAAAACUGGCCCGAGAUCUUCGUCAAGGUCUACAUUGAGGACUCCCUGGGGGAGCGUAUCUGGGUAGACAGCCCGCACUGCAAGACCUUCGUGGACAACAUUCAGACGGCGUUCAGCACCAAGAUCCCUCCCAAGAAUAUUUUGCUCCACGGGGAGGUGGGGCGUGGCAGCGGAGGUGACCUCAGCGCCGGAAACAGCCCGCACCCCUCGGUGCCCGACGAAGAGGACAGCCAGAGCGAGCUGCUGAUUGCAGAAGACAAGAUGAGCCCGGAGCAGGAGGGCCAGCUCAUGCCCAGGUACGACGACCUUGCGGAGAGCGUGGAGGAGUACGUCCUGGACAUGCUGCGGGACCAGCUCAACCGGCGCCAGCCGAUGGACAGCGUCUCCCGGAACCUCCUGCGCCUCCUGACGGCCACAUGUGGCUACAAGGAGAUUCGCCAGAUGGCCGUGCAGAGGCUGGAGAUGUGGCUGCAGAACCCCAAGCUCACCAGACCGGCCCAGGACUUGCUCAUGUCGGUCUGCAUGAACUGCAACACCCACAGCUCCGAGGACGUGGAGGUCGUCUCCAACCUAAUCAAGAUCCGCCUGAAGCUUUUUUUGCUGAACCACUACAUGCUGUGCGUCAGGGAGCUGCUGAAUGCCCACCGGGACAACCUGGGGACCGUAGUCAAGUCUGUGAUCUUCAACGAGUUGUCCAAUGCAAGGAACCCCAACAACAUGCAGAUUUUGUAUACGGUCCUCCAGCACAGCCCGGAGCUGGCACCGAAGUUCCUGGCGAUGGUGUUCCAGGACCUGCUGACCAACAAAGACGACUACCUGCGGGCCUCGCGGGCGUUGCUGCGGGAGAUCAUCAAGCAGAUGAAGCACGAGAUCAACUUCCAGGCCUUCUGCCUGGGCCUCAUGCAGGAGCGGAAGGAGUCCCAGUACGGUGAGAUGGAGUUCAAGGACCGGUUUGUCAUCCACAUCACCGACCUGCUGGCCGUCUCCAUGAUGCUCAGCAUCACCGCCCAGGUGAAGGAAGCCGGGAUCGCGUGGGACAAGGGAGAGAAAAAGAACUUGGAGGUCCUGCGGGCGUUCCAGAACCAGAUCGCGGCUAUUCAGCGGGACGCCGUGUGGUGGCUGCACACAGUCGUCCCCUCGAUCACCAAACUGGCUCCCAAAGACUACGUGCACUGCCUCCACAAAGUGCUGUUCACGGAGCAACCGGAGACCUACUACAAAUGGGACAACUGGCCCCCCGAGAGCGACCGCAACUUCUUUCUCCGCCUCUGCUCCGAAGUGCCCAUCCUCGAAGACACGCUCAUGCGGAUCCUCGUCAUCGGCUUGUCGCGCGACCUCCCCCUCGGCCCCGCCGACGCCAUGGAGCUGGCCGACCACUUGGUGAAACGGGCAGCUGCCGUGCAGGCCGACGAUCUUGAAGUCUUGAGAGUGGAAAGGAUCCAGCUGAUCGACGCGGUCCUGAACCUCUGCACCUACCACCACCCGGAGAACAUCCAACUGCCCCCCGGGUACCAGCCACCGAAUCUGGCCAUCUCCACCCUCUACUGGAAGGCCUGGCCUCUUUUGCUGGUGGUGGCUGCCUUCAAUCCUGAGAACAUCGGUCUUGCUGCCUGGGAGGAGUACCCCACGCUGAAGAUGCUCAUGGAAAUGGUCAUGACCAACAACUACUCCUACCCGCCUUGCACCUUGACGGACGAGGAGACCCGCACGGAGAUGAUCAACCGGGAGCUGCAGAUCUCGCAGCGGGAGAAGCAGGAGAUCUUGGCCUUCGAGGGCCACCUGGCCGCCGCCUCGACCAAGCAGACCAUCACGGAGAGCAGCAGCCUCUUGUUGUCGCAGCUCACCAGCCUGGACCCACAGGGCCCUCCCCGCAGGCCUCCCCAGCCUGUCCUGGAUCAGGUGAAGAGCCUGAAUCAGUCCCUCCGCCUGGGACACCUCCUCUGCCGCAGCCGGAACCCCGACUUCCUGCUCAACAUCAUCCAGAGACAGGCUUCUUCCCAAUCCAUGCCCUGGCUGGCGGACCUGGUCCAGUCCAGCGAGGGAUCUUUGGAUGUCCUGCCGGUGCAGUGUUUUUUUCACGACGCGGCCGACGAGUCGGCCUCCGGCGAGGAGGAGGAAGAGGGCGAAAGCAAAGAGCAGCGGGCCAAGAAGCGGCAGAGGCAACAGAAGCAGAGGCAGCUGCUUGGGCGCCUCCAGGACCUGCUGCUGGGGCCCAAGGCGGACGAGCAGACGACCUGCGAAGUGCUCGACUAUUUCCUGAGGCGACUGAGUUCCUCGCAGGUGGCUUCGCGAGUUCUGGCCAUGAAGGGACUAUCCUUGGUGCUCUCGGAAGGGGGCCUCCGCGACAGAGAGGAAAAGGAGCACCCGAUGGAGGAGGACUCGGGGGACUCGGAGCUCCUGCAAGGCUACCAGUGGCUGCUCCGGGACCUGCCCAAGCUGCCGCUUUUUGACAGCGUGCGGGCCACCACGGCAGUGGCCCUGCAGCAGGCCAUCCACAUGGAGACCGAACCUCAGACCAUCAGCGCUUACUUGAUGUACCUUUCCCAGCAUGCCCCGGUGGAGGAACAAGGGCACCACAACGACCUCGCCCUGGAUGUGGCCCGGCUGAUCGUGGAGCGCUCCACCAUUAUGUCUCACCUCUUCUCGAAGCUCUCCUACUGCUCGGAGUCGGACGCCGUCCUGGUGGCUCUGCUCUCCGUCUUCUCCCGCUACGUGCAGCGCAUGCGCCAGAGCAAGGAGGGCGAGGAGUUGUACAGCUGGUCGGACUCCCAGGAUCAGGUUUUCCUCCGCUGGAUCAGCGGGGAAACGGCAACGAUGCAUAUCCUCGUAGUCCAUGCCAUGGUGAUUCUGCUGACACUGGGGCCUCCUCGAGCUGGGGACGGUGAUUUCUACACGCUGCUGAACAUCUGGUUCCCAGAGAAGAAGCCCAUCCCCACGGCGUUCCUGGUGGACACUUCGGAAGAGGCCCUGCUUCUCCCGGAUUGGCUAAAGCUGCGGAUGAUCCGCUCGGAGGUUCCACGGUUGGUGGACGCCGCCCUCCAGGACCUGGAGCCCCAGCAGCUCCUCCUCUUUGUCCAGUCCUUCGGCAUCCCCGUCUCCAGCAUGAGUAAACUCCUGCAGUACCUGGAUCAGGCCGUCUCCCACGAUCCUCAGACCCUGGAGCAGAACAUCAUGGACAAGAACUACAUGGCUCACCUCGUCGAGGUCCAGCAUGAGAGGGGAGCGACGGGGGGACAGACCUUCCACUCGCUUCUCACCACCUCCUUGCCCCCACGCCGAGACAGUGAUGAAGCUUCCCGGCCAAAAAUUAAUCUCGAGGCUCCACAAGGGCAGGGAAGAAUCCGAGCUCUGGCCCAGAUCCGAGUCCUGGGUCCCGAAGAUGACCUGGCAACCAUUAUCCUUCAGCUGUUUCCACUGAACCCAGAUCCCCGCUGGCAGAACUUGAACCCCCGUCCCCUUUCCCUGGCUCUGCAGCAAGCCCUGGGCCAAGAGCUGGCUCAGCUUCGCCAGGGGAGCCCCCCGGCCCCGGGAACAGCGGCGCGUCUCCUCCAGGCGUUGGGAGCACUGUUGAACUCCCCCCACGGCCGGGCGCUGGUGGUGAUGAUGCAUAGAAACCACGCCGUGUCCUGCCCACUGAUGCGCUUGCUCUACCAGUACCAGCGCCUCGUCCCCCAGGACACGACCUUCUCCUCACUGUUCUUCAAAGUCCUCAUGCAGAUGUUGAAGUGGCUGGAGAAUCCAGCUGUGGAAGAAGGACCUCUCCGGACGCAGCUCAAGUCCUUCGCCGUCCAGUAUUCAUCCAAGCACAGGAUCAACGAUGUUCGAGGGGGGUUCCUCCACCUGGCGGACGCGCUGGCUUUCCGCCGCGACACUGACAUGAUCGGCUCCACCGUGCAGGCCAUCGUAGCUACCCUGAAGUCUAGUGAAAAAUACAACGUGGAACCUGAGCUCGUCAGCAAAGUCCUUCAGGGCCUGACGGAAACACGUUCACCCUACCUGGAGGAGCUCCUGGCCGCCCUCUUCUCGGUCACUAACGAGACCUCGUCCCGCUUUCCUGCCACGGGCCCCAUCGCUGUGGUGAGCUCACUGCUGCUCCAAGACCAAAAUGAGACCGCCAUGAAGAAAGAAGCAGAGGCAUGCAGCGCCGAAAUGGCCCGGCUGGGCCCCUCCUUCGGCCUUUUCAUUGACUGGCUGGAGAUGCUGGAUCCUGAGGUGAUAAGCAGUUGCCCGGAUCUCCAACAACGGCUGCUCUUCUCGUGGAACAAGGAUAAAAGUUCAUUGGAAUCGGAGCUGCCCUCUUUCCGCCCGUACCUUCUGGCGCUCCUGACGCACCAGUCCAGCUGGACCACCCUCCACCGUUGCAUCCAGAUCCUCCUGUGCAAACACCGAGAGCAAAGGUUUGACCCAGCGGCAUCCCUCGAUUUUCUGUGGGCCUGUAUUCAUAUCCCUCGGAUUUGGCAAGGCAGAGACCAGCGGGUACCCCAGAAACGGCGGGAGGAGUUCGUGCUCCGUCUGAAGGCGCCCGAGCUGAUCAGCCUGGUGGAGCUGAUCCUGGCGGAGUCGGAGACCAGGAGCCUGACGACGCCCGAGGAGGCGGCCUGCUCGGUGACCCAGUCCCGGCUGCCGCUAUUGCUGAGCUGCUGCCACGGAGACGUCGACAGCAUCAAGAAAGUCGUGGAGUACUUGACGGGCUGCACCCAGCAGUGGGGGAGCAGCUCGACGGGAAGACACUGCCAGGAUCUUCUGCUUCAGAUCUACCUCCAAUUGCCCGAGAUCCUCGUGCCCGUGCCGGAGACUCUGCUGUCCAGCGAAGGGGCCACCGAUAGCAGCACCUGCAAACUGGAUGCCCUCAUCCACCGGUUCAUCGCCCUCCUCUCCGAUUCCACCGAUUCGAAAGCCAGCGAGAGCCGCCUGUGGGAUGCCAACAUGGCCUGCCGGAAACUGGCCGUGGCGCACCCCAUCCUCCUGCUCAGGCACUUGCCGAUGAUCGCGGCCCUCCUCCACGGCCGGGUCCACCUCAACUUCCAGGAGUUCCGCCAGCAGAACCACCUCGCCUUCUUCAGCCACGUCCUGGGGAUCCUGGAGCUCCUCCAGCCGCAGGUCUUCCAGAGCGAGCACCAGGGGGCGCUGUGGGACUGUCUGCUCUCCUUCAUCCACCUGCUUCUGAGCUACCGGAAAUCCUCCCGCCAUCUGGCAGCCUUCAUCUCCAAGUUCGUGCAGUUCAUCCACAAGUACGUCACCUCCAACGCCCAGGCAGCCAUCUUGUUCCUGCAGAAGCAUUCGGACCCUCUCCAUGACCUCUCAUCGGAUAACAACGAUCUUGCGAUGCUGAAGUCCCUCCUGGCGGGGCUGAGCCUGCCCACCACGAACGGCGCUGCCGACCGGGGAGCCGACAGUGAAAAAGACGAUGAGGCCGCAGCGGGAUCUCUGCCCCUGGUCAGCGUCUCGCUGUUCACCCUGCUCACCCCGGCAGAAAUGGCCCCCUAUAUGAAGAGGCUCUCCAGAGGGCAGACCGUGGAAGAUAUCCUGGAGGUGCUGACCGACAUCGACGAGAUGUCCCGGCGGAGGCCUGAAAUCCUCUCCUUCUUUCCCACUCACCUGCAAAGGCUGAUGAGCUCUCCCGAGGAGACCUGCCGGAAGCUGGCCUUUUGCCUCGCCCUCCGCUCCAUCCAGAACAACCCCAGCAUCGCGGCCGACUUCCUUCCCACCUUCAUGUACUGCCUCGGCUGCCGUGACUUCGAGGUCGUUCAGACGGCCCUGAGGAACCUGCCGGAAUAUACCCUCCUUUGCCAAGAGCACGCAGCCGUGUUGCUGCACCGGGCCUUCCUGGUUGGGAUGUACGGGCAGAUCGACACCAGCUCCCAAAUUUCGGAGGCCUUGAAGAUUCUGCACAUGGAAGCAACGGUAUGAGGCAGGGAUCAGAGCAGAGGACCCAAAACGCGGAAGGAGGCAACGCCAAGGCCCGCCUCCCUCUCCCCAGCGUCGCGACGCUGCCGGUAGGGACAGCCUCAGAGAAAACACUUUGCGAUCCGUCUCACGCUCCAAAGCGGGGCGAAGGAGACCUCGAAUCCACGAGAAAGCGUUGACUGAAGGCAACGUCGGCGCGGACGUGGAGGAUGCUGGCCCUCAUCCUGCUCUGAACGUCCCUUACGUGGAAGUCGGACAGAUUCGGAGGCCGGAAAACAGGAUUUUGAUAUAUUUUUUUUAACCUGUUGUCAAGUGGGGGAGCUGAGAUGGUAACCGAGGCGGGGCACCCCUCUUUGGCGUUGUGUGUUGACUUCCCCUGAAUGUUUCUGUUCCCGACCACCUCUCCCGAAACGGGAGCACAGCCAGUGCUGCAUCUUACAAA